AUGGUUCACCCGAUGACUCCUCGCGCUUAUCUCAGUAAGAGCAGUCCUGUGGUGAAGAGGGAGCUUUUUCGUCUUUUUUUCCCUCCCUCCCUCACUUCUCCUCUGGCUCCUUUUCUCUCUCUCGUUGAAGUCUUUGGAUCUGAACGUGCUGCUGCAUGUCAGUCCCGUGAGGCCGGGCAACUGGAGGGCCACCGCUCCUCAAUCAUGCUGCUGGUUCUGGCUGCCUUGCUCUCUGGCGUCUGGCUCCGGCGCAUCCAUCUGAACAGAAGUUCAGCCGAUGAGCAGUAUCGCUGGAAUACCCAAGAUGGACAGAAAGAUAUUGAGGAGGAACUAAACACAGGUCUGGAACUGGUGGAUUCGUGUAUCCGCUCCCUGCAGGAGUCUGGGAUCUUGGAUCAUCAGGAAUAUACCACAGCUGAUAGACCGAGUCUGCUCUCUCAGAGCUCACUGCAGCUCAGCUCGAACCCAGAGGGCUCGCUCCAGUACUCCGCCAGCUACCAUAGUAACCAGACCCUAGCCCUGAGCGACUGCUUGUCCGCACCACAAUCUCAGCAGCCUCAGCCCCCUCCGCGCUCCAGCGGGCAGCCCGGAGGAGCUGUGCACAGCUACAACCAGGUGACAUCUAACCGUGCAGCCCAGCUCGCGGCGGGCGACUCUUGUCAGAGCCAUGGCAGUGCCCUGCUGUCUGAUUCCCAGCACCCCUCUGCAGUGUCCAGCCCGGGCCUGUAUUACUCCAGCUCUACUCUGCCUGCCCAGCGCAUCAGCUCACCCCUGAACUCAAUGCAGUCCACGGCGGCCAGCGGAUCCCCAGCUAAACUGCAGCGUCUGGGCUCGGCCUCCGACACACCCGGCUACGCCACCACCCAGCGUCUGCCCUCCUCGUCCUCCUCAGCCUCCCCCAAGCCUUCCCCAGGCAGGCUUGCGAAAUCCUAUAGCAGUAGCUCACCGAUCAAUGCGGUGGGCAUCGGAGGAUCACCCGGUACUCACGCUUCAGGCUCCCCUCACCGGUUGAUGUCUCCUCCCAAUAACGCGUCGCCUAUCUAUCAGCAGCUGCAGACCGCGGGAGUGUCGACUUACGCUACGCUUUCACCCCCCAAAAGGCUGGUGCACUCAUCUGAGCAGUACAAGAUAUCCCACGAUCUCUACGCCACCGCCACUCUACAGAGACCAGGCAGUCUUGCUGGAUCUCGAGGUUCGUACAGCAGUCAACACGCUCACCUGGGCCCCGAGCUGAGGCCCCUGCAGUCCCCUGAGCACCACAUCGAUCCCAUAUAUGAAGACAGAGUCUACCAGAAAGUCCCUAUGAGAAGCUUGAGCCAGAGCCAGGGAGAAGCGCUCCCUCCGGGCCACACUGGAACCUACCGGAAUAACACGGCCCCGUCCUCCCCCGGCGUUGACUCCGUACCCUUGCAGCGAACAGGAAGUCAGAAUGCCACAGGGACGUUUCCCAGAGGCGGCUAUGUGUCCGGUCAGGGCGCCAAUUACACGGAUACUUACCGCACGUUGCCGUACUGCUCUUCAGUGGAGUCUCCCUACAGCAAGUCUGGCCCUGCCCUGCCACCCGAGGGCAACCUGGCCCGCUCGCCCUCCAUCGACAGCAUUCAGAAGGAUCCCAGGGAAUUCGGUUGGCGAGAUCCUGAAUUACCUGAAGUCAUUCAGAUGUUGCAGCACCAGUUUCCCUCAGUUCAGUCCAACGCAGCGGCAUAUCUGCAACACCUCUGCUUUGGAGACAACAAGAUUAAAGCUGAGAUACGGAGGCAGGGCGGUAUUCAGUUGUUGGUGGACCUGUUGGAUCACAGAAUGGCUGAAGUACACAGAAGCGCCUGUGGUGCCCUGAGGAACCUCGUUUACGGCAAAGCCAAUGAUGAUAAUAAAAUCGCUCUGAAGAAUUGCGGUGGAAUUCCUGCGCUGGUCCGCCUGCUGCGUAAGACCUCAGAUGUGGAAGUCAGAGAACUGGUCACAGGUGUGUUGUGGAACCUGUCCUCCUGUGAUGCUCUGAAGAUGCCUAUAAUCCAGGACGCUCUAGCCGUCUUGACCAACACCGUGAUUAUACCCCAUUCCACCUGGGACGUGUCCCCACAUCAGGAGGACCGCAAGCUUCAAAUGCACACGUCCCAAGUACUUCGCAAUGCCACCGGCUGCCUGAGGUGA